ACUAGGUGGGUUCCGGUGCCGGAGAUUUAACGCUCACGGUGGCGCGACCUCAGGUUGAGAGGCUCGCUGCGGAAUCAGGCUCGGAACAGAUCAGGCGAACAAUGGGCCGGACUGGAGAAGGUGUUAAGUCAGGUAUUUACUCUGAAGUGAGGGAAGAAAGAACAGAAGUCUGCCAGGCUAAGAGCUGCUCUGCGGAGGCCAGAGAGGCAGUUCGGGUUCUUAAUGGAGGUAGAAGAGAUGGCAUUUUCUGUUGUCUCUGAGACAGGUAAUAUUGGGGAGGGAGAGAAGAGAUAUGAUUAUCCCGUACAGUACACCCUAGUUUCCCAAUCCAUUUCCUAAUUCUCAGAUUCCGGUUUCAAACUUCUUCGCUUUCCUCUUCAGUUGCAGGUCCGAUCUUUGGUACUCCAGGAGCUGCUCUCCAGCCCCUGCUUCUGAACCUAUGGAUUCUCCAUCUAGCGUUUCUUCCUAUUCUUCCUCCUCUCUCCCUUCCUCUUUUUCCACCUCCCCAGUAAACAGUGACUUUGGCUUCCCCUCCGAUAGUGAGGGGGAGGACAAGGGGGCCCAUGGCCCCAGGCCAGACACUGUUGGGCAGAGGGGAGGUUCUCGGCCCAGCCCCGGUCCUAUCCGCCGCAGGCAACGACCCAGGGUUUCCAGUAAUCAACAUACAGCAUCUCACUCGGAACAACGGAGCUUGGCUUCUCCUGUGGCAGGAUAUGGGGUCAAAAGAUCAAGAGAUCAUGAAUUGAAGACCAGUCUAAACAUCCGUGGUUGUACCACAGAAGGAGACCUGCUCUUUGCUCAGAAGUGUAAAGAGCUCCAGGGAUUCAUACGCCCUCUCACAGACUUACUGAAUGGGCUGAAGAUGGGUCGCUUUGAAAGAGGAUUGAGCAGUUUCCAGCAGAGCGUGGCAAUGGACAGGAUCCAGCGUAUCGUAGGUGUUUUGCAGAAGCCACAGAUGGGGGAGCGUUAUCUGGGAACCCUACUACAGGUAGAAGGAAUGUUAAAGACUUGGUUUCCUCACAUAGCUGCCCAGAAGUCAUCACUGGGUAGUAGCAGCCACCAGAUGACCAAGCAUUUUCCAAGCCAACACAAUUAUCCAGCUGCUUCCUCUCCUGCGCCUCCCAUUGAAAAGAUGGACCAGACACGGCUAGGACAUCUAGUAUUGAAACCAAAGCAGACUUGGCAUCUCACUGAAUGGCCAUCUAUGAACCUCACAUGGAUCCACACCACUCCAAUUUGCAACCCCCCUCUCAGUUCCCCAGGUUCCAUCUCCUUUAGCCCUGGUCCUUUAGGCACUGGAACCAGCAUUGGUGUCAUCCUUUUCCUCCAACAUGGAGAGCAACCCUUCACCCACUCUGCCCCAACCACUCCAGUUCCACCUACUACAGCAUCUCCUGUCAUCCCUGGUUAUCCUAAGAAACUAUCUGGAGAGGGACCUCGAUGCCACAGUUUGCCAGUAACUCUGCCAUCAGACUGGAACUGUACCCUAUCCCCUCGUGAUCUACCCACCAUGGCCAGAGAGAUGACCAUGGAACACCUAGAGCAGAUGAGAAGCCAUCCAGUUGCUCCUGAUGUCCAUCCUCUCAGUCCCUAAGCCAAGACUUGAGACUGUAGUUUCUAAUUUAUGUAAUUUUAUGUCUAUACAUGUGUGUGUGUGUGUGUAUCUAUUUUACUUUUUGUGUUGAGGGAAGAGAAAUCCUUUCUGAUUAAAGAAAUUUUAUACCUAAA